GGUGUGAUUCCGUCCUGCGUGGCUGUUCUCUGGAGCAGUGUUCGUUUAUCUCCGUCCGCCUUCUCUCCCACCUAAGUGCAUGCCGCCACCUGAUGGAACAUUCGAUGGACAUGGAAAAUGGACAUGAGCCCCCUGAGGUCCCAGAACGAUCUUUUCAGUUGUGAACUAAAGGCCGACAAACAUUAUCACUUUAAGGUGGAUAAUGACGAAAAUGAGCACCAGUUAUCUUUAAGAACGGUCAGUUUAGGGGCUGGUGCAAAGGAUAAAUUGCACAUUGUUGAAGCAGAGGCAAUGAAUUACGCAGGCAGUCCAAUUAAAGUAACACUGGCAACUUUGAAAAUGUCUGUACAGCCAACGGUUUCCCUUGGGGGCUUUGAAAUAACACCACCAGUGGUCUUAAGGUUGAAGUGUGGUUCAGGGCCAGUGCAUAUUAGUGGACAGCACUUAGUAGCUGUGGAGGAAGACGCAGAGUCAGAAGAUGAAGAGAUGGAGGACGUGAAACUCUUAAGUAUAUCUGGAAAGCAGUUUGCCCCUGGAGGUGGUAGCAAGGUUCCACAGAAAAAAGUAAAACUUGCUGCUGAUGAAGAUGAUGAUGAUGAUGAUGAAGAUGAUGACGAAGAUGAUGAUGAUGAUGAUUUUGAUGAUGCGGAAACUGAAGAAAAAGCACCAGUGAAGAAAUCUAUACGAGAUACUCCAGCCAAAAAUGCACAAAAGUCAAAUCAGAAUGGAAAAGACUCAAAACCAUCAUCAACACCAAGAUCAAAAGGACAAGAAUCCUUCAAAAAACAGGAAAAAAAUCCUAAAACACCAAAAGGACCUAGUUCUGUAGAAGACAUUAGAGCAAAAAUGCACAAAAGUCAAAUCAUAAUGGAAAAGACUCAAAACCAUCAUCAGCACCAAGAUCAAAAGGACAAGAAUCCUUCAAAAAACAGGAAAAAACUCCUAAAACACCAAAAGGACCUAGUUCUGUAGAAGACAUUAGAGCAAAAAUGCAAGCAAGUAUAGAAAAAGGUGGUUCUCUUCCCAAAGUGGAAGCCAAGUUCAUCAAUUAGGUGAAGAAUUGCUUCCGGAUGACUGACCAAGAGGCUAUUCAAGAUCUCUGGCAGUGGAGGAAGUCUCUUCAAGAAAAUAGUUUAAACAAUUUGUUAAAAAUUUUCCGUCCUAUUUCAUUUCUGUAACAGUUAAUAUCUGGCUGUCCUUUUUAUAAUGCAGACUGAGAACUUUCCCUACCGUGUUUGAUAAAUGUUGUCCAGGUUCCAUUGCCAAGAAUGUGUUGUCCAAAAUGCCUGCUUAGUUUUUAAAGAUGGAACUCCACCCUUUGCUUGGUUUUAAGUAUGUAUGGAAUGUUAUGAUAGGACAUAGUAGUAUCGGUGGUCAGACAUGGAAAUGGUGGGGAGACAAAAAUAUACAUGUGAAAUAAAACUCAGUAUUUUAAUAAA